AUGUCUUCAUUGAGGCACGUGGAAACACUGGUUCUGAUACUAUUACUUUUCCUCACCAAUUUAUACACUGAAGCUAAACCAAUCAGAAAAAGAACCAUCAGCGAGGUUCAGCUCAUGCACAACGUCCGGGAACACAAACAAGUGGGAGACAGACAGGACUGGCUGCAGGGAAAGUUGAAGGACAUCAUUGUUGCCAGCGUCAAACCACAACAAGGACAAUCAGGGAAUUUUAAGACUCUAUUUCCUAUAUAA